CAUAAUAGUUCUAAGGCCCAAAUUGAGGUCCAAAACGGAGUUGCCGUGAGCAAGAACUUGACUGGAUUGUUUCCCGCCAUCUUACUUCCUCGAUUGGCGCGCAGAUGAAAGCAAGGAAAAAUCGUGUGUCCACCCUUCCAUUUGUCUGCACUCAGCACUUUCCUCCUGCUCCUGCAGUUACUCUUUGUUUGUGUGCGAGAGAUCAGAGAGAUAGUUAUAUAUAAAAAUGGAGAUAGUUCGACCUCAGUGGAAGCGUCCAUCCAACGACGUCGUUUCGACACUCCCCCUCUAUCGCUCUGCCCCGUUCUUGAGGUCAGACUCGAAGAUUUCGAGCUCUACGCCAUGGAUCACCUUCGAGUUCUUAAAGGUAUCUCUGAUGGAUUGUCUCGCGGGAAAAAACCUGAAGAAAUGGAAAAUUUGGAAAUGGACAUCGAUGAUCAGAGAACAGGAAAAGGAUUGCUUAACUUUUAUUGUGGAAGCCCUAUGCUCAAGUUAUCCGGGACCUGACUAUUCUCAGCCUAAAGAAUUUGCUGACUUAUCAAUUAAAGACAUUGACUUGGUAGCUAAGAGUUCAUUCCCUCUAUGCAAGAGCCACCUGUUUGAAAAACUCAGAGAAGAUCAUCAUUUAAAGCAUGGAGGAAGGAUGCAGUUAGGUCUUUUUCUCAAGGGUGUUGGUUUGAAAUUGGAUGAUGCACUUGCAUUCUGGAAAGCAGAGUUCUCCCAAAAGGUUGGUGCAGAGAGGUUUGACAAAGAAUACGCCUACAGCAUACGCCAUAAUUAUGGAAGAGAGGGAGAGAGAAGAUUAUAAACCUUAUUCUUGUCAAAGGAUCAUCUCUUUAACUCCUGGUGUUGGAGAUCAUCAUGGCUGUCCUUAUCGGCAUUUCAGUUCUCAUCCUUCAUACGGACUGGGGAACAUCCAAACCAUGGCUAACCAAUUAUUAAGGAAUAUACUAUACUUUGGUGCAUUUCAUCAAGAAUUCUAGUGACAGCUUUUUGAGGGCUACAGUAUUUUUGAAAGAAAUGACCCUUGCAAAACAGUAUAAUUAGAAGUUUUUGUUCCUUGCUUCCAACUUUUUUUAUCUGCAUGCAGCUCCUUUAAAUUUGUUGGUACUAUCAACUUCUGUUCUAUACUAAGCCUCAUAGCACGUGGGCUUCUUAGUCAAAGACAACAUGCAAAAUUUGACUUGAUAUUCUAAAUCCAAGUAGAAGGUACCUGAUGACACUUGCAUUUUGUUUAUGGUAUUUUUUUUAGAAUCUGUGGAUGCUGACAUUGAUGAUUUGAUUCCUGGAAUUUAUUAGCUAUUCUAUUUCAUUUUAUAUUAUUUUCUUAUUUUAAAUUAAGAAAAAAAAAUUACUUAUUAUUUUUAUGAUGUUCUACAAAUGUAUUGGAUUCACAUGAUACUUGAGUGUGUUUUUGGCAUGACAGUGAAGAAAACUUGAGGGCUGUGCUCAGUGGAAUGGGAGUAAACUGUGGUGCAGUGGAGGAUGUAAUGGACGAAGUGCGAAAUAGACAUUAUCAGUAGGCGUGCACACUGACAUUUGAAGCUAUUCAUGGUUUAUCAUGUGAUGCUGGGAUUAAUCAUCCUAACCAGUACUUCAGUGAAAGUCAAAAGGUCCUGAAAGUCAAGAGCCAUUCCCCGGAGCAAGGAGAAUCUAUUGGCGAUUGAUAAUGUUGCUCCCCUUCUCAGGAAAAAGUCCCACUUAACAACCUUAGGCGUGCAGUCAGAAUUGGAUGAGCAAAAAAUUUGUGGUAUAUUACUGGAACUUAGAUGAGCUCAGAUUUGGUUAAACUACAGCGAGCUGUUCAGCUGGGUGCCAUUUGGAUCAAUUGGCUAUAUUAGUUGGGCUAGUAGGUGGUUUGUUGUAUAUAGGUGCACUUAAAUGCUAAGAGAACCAUUCUUCUAUAUGUUAGGAGCUGACAUUCACCUCUUUAAAAGUUGUAAGACAAUGUGUGAAUCAAGAAAAGAAGAAGGAAGUUUUUUUGGUGUCUAGUGGAAGAUAAAUGCCGUAAUUAUGUUACAUACUGCUUGCUCAUAUGGGAUUUAAACUGUAAAAUGUUGGCGUAAAUAGUGUUCCAAAUUAGUACUUCUCAGGUCGUUUCAUUUUCUCUCUUUGCAUUCAUUUGGGAGCGAUUAGUUGUUUUCUAUGAAAUUAAGUGAAGUAUCAAUUUUAUUGA